CUGAAGCUGGUUAAAGGGUGAUAGAUCAGUGCUGCCUCUUUCUAUGGAGACAAUCAGAGUCUGUACAAUUUACUGUUCCUCCGCAGUGAUUUCAAUGAAUUACCUUAAUCUAUGUGGGUCAUUUACAUCAGAUAUGUCGCCGCGUCUCUGCUGAACAGUCCCCGCUGUGUACCACCGCUCUUUCGGACGGCAGCAUCACGUUGGAUUUUAACAGGGGCAGAACGGAGUUAGAUUUUUUCCCUUGUGUGGCACAUACAUUUUGACCGUACCUCAGGAAGUCGGGGCGGCAGGACAGAAGCCGUACGAUGCAGAUACCGCAAAGGCAAACCAAUAAAGGAGGUAUUGAAAGGAGGGAGUAGUUACACCAGAGGACGGCUCAGGGGGAAAGAAGGAUAGCAGUUAAAGAACAACAUAAAUACAACUGAGAUCCAGAAUCGCCCUCAUGGCAUGGGGGAAUGACAUGAUCGCUGAUCUGAUUGGUGGGCGUGCUGUCAAUCAUCUGUCAAUUGCAUCGUGAGGGCGGGGUUUCACCUUGGCUGUGGAAGGAGUGGAGGACUGUUAAUUCAACCAACUCUGCUAACCGCAGCUGGACCAUGUCACGGCUCAAAGGAACCCCAUGGAUACGUCUCACCAUGGUUCAUCCACUGGCUACUCUACGCCUUUUUACCUGGAUUGUGCUUGCGGAUGCUUGGCUGGCCAUUGCACGGGCCCAGCAGCACCCUAUUGUCACAACAAACUACGGCAAGCUAAGAGGCUUGAAAACGGCUCUGCCCAAUGAGAUUCUAGGGCCUGUGGAACAGUAUCUGGGGAUUCCCUAUGCCCUCCCGCCCACUGGGGAGAGAAGGUUUCAGCCCCCCGAGCCCCCCAUGUCGUGGCCAGGGAUUCGAAAUGCCACACAGUUUGCUCCUGUUUGUCCUCAGUUUCUGGAAGAUCGUUUUUUACUCAAUGAUAUGUUACCCGUAUGGUUCACCGCCAACUUGGAUACCGUUGUAACCUACGUACAAGAUCAAAGCGAAGACUGCCUGUACUUAAACAUUUAUGUUCCCACGGAGGAUGACAUCCAUGAUGAGAAUGGGCUGAGACCUGUUAUGGUGUACAUCCAUGGUGGGUCCUACAUGGAAGGUACAGGCAAUAUGAUUGACGGCAGCAUUCUGGCCAGCUAUGGAAAUGUAAUCGUGGUGACCCUGAACUAUAGGCUGGGAGUGCUGGGGUUCCUGAGUACAGGUGACCAGGCAGCCAAAGGGAAUUAUGGGCUGUUGGACCAGAUCCAAGCACUCCGGUGGAUCAAAGAGAAUAUCCAGGCUUUCAAAGGCGACCCGAAAAGGGUGACUAUAUUUGGAUCAGGAGCUGGGGCGUCCUGUGUAAGCUUGCUGACCCUGUCACACUAUUCAGAAGAUUUGUUUCAGAAAGCCAUCAUCCAGAGUGGGACUGCUUUGUCAAGCUGGGCUGUCAACUACCAGCCAGCCAAAUACACCCGCAUACUAGCUGAGAAGGUGGGCUGCAAUAUGCUAGAUACUGUAGAUCUGGUGGAAUGUCUACAGAACAAAAACUACAAGGAGCUGAUUGAACAGUACAUCACACAGGCCAAGUACCACAUUGCAUUUGGUCCAGUUAUCGAUGGUGACGUCAUCCCUGAUGAUCCCCAAAUUCUGAUGGAACAGGGAGAGUUUCUCAACUAUGACAUCAUGCUGGGCGUCAACCAGGGUGAGGGUUUUAAAUUUGUGGAUGGCAUCGUGGACAGUGAGGAUGGUGUCUCUGCAAACGACUUUGACUUUGCUGUGUCUGAUUUUGUGGACCACCUCUAUGGUUAUCCAGAGGGCAAGGACACGCUUCGAGAAACCAUCAAGUUCAUGUAUACCGACUGGGCUGACAAGGAGAACCCGGAGACCAGGCGAAAGACGCUAGUUGCACUCUUUACUGAUCACCAAUGGGUGGCGCCAGCGGUAGCUACGGCGGACCUUCAUGCUCAAUAUGGAUCUCCAACAUAUUUUUAUGCUUUCUACCACCACUGUCAGAGCGAAAUGAAACCUAGCUGGUCGGAUUCAGCACAUGGAGACGAGGUGCCUUAUGUGUUUGGAAUUCCCAUGAUUGGGCCCACUGAUCUCUUUAACUGUAAUUUCUCCAAGAACGACGUCAUGCUUUCGGCAGUAGUAAUGACUUACUGGACGAAUUUCGCAAAAACUGGGGAUCCGAAUCAGCCAGUUCCACAGGACACCAAAUUCAUCCACACGAAGCCUAACCGCUUCGAGGAAGUGGCUUGGUCUAAAUACAACCCAAAAGACCAGCUUUAUCUACACAUUGGGCUGAAGCCAAGGGUGAGAGAUCACUAUCGUGCGACUAAGGUUGCCUUCUGGUUAGAGCUGGUACCUCAUCUUCAUAACAUCAAUGAACUCUUUCAAUACGUCUCGACCACGACUAAGAUACCUCCUCAGGAUACUACGCCAUUCCCGUACACUAAGAGACUGGGUAAAACAUGGCCGUCCACGACACGUCAUCCUGGUGUUCCUCCCGCCAACACCAAACAAACUACAGACCAGCGUAAAGGCAAUGAUUUGGGCGACGACUCAGCGGUGGUUAUCGAGACAAAGCGAGAUUACUCCACCGAACUCAGCGUGACCAUCGCGGUGGGUGCUUCUCUCCUUUUCCUCAACAUUCUGGCCUUUGCAGCACUCUACUACAAGAAGGAUAAGCGCCGUCACGAAUCCAACCGACGUGGGCCCAGCCCACAGCGGAACUCUGCACCAGCUAAUGCAGUGGCUAACGCCAAUGACAUUGCACAUUUGCAGAGCGAGGAGGUGAUGUCGCUCCAGAUGAAACAGCAGCAGAUGGAACACGAGCACCAUCAUGAGUGCGAUGCUCUGCCAGGUCAUGAUACGCUUCGUCUUACCUGCCCAGCCGAUUACACACUUACUCUACGACGUUCGCCUGACGACAUCCCGCUCAUGACGCCAAGUACCAUAACAAUGAUUCCUCACUCUCUGGCCGGAAUGCAGCCCCUGCACAAUUUCAACACGUUUGGAGGUAGUCAGAACAGUACCAACCUGCCCCAUGGGCACUCCACCACCAGGGUAUAGCUUUGUGCUGUGCACUAAAAGAUCCUUUUCAGAACUCUAGGACAUGGUCUGCUAAGGCAUUGGGCGUUAAGGUCCUUUGUUUGUCAUGGCAAACUGUGCUGACUUUGUUCCACUCUGAGACUUAUCUUGGUGGAUGAGAUGUUAUUUUCCUAUGAAGCCUUCUUGCAGAAUAUAUCAAAGUCAAAUAUGACCUACUUGCGAAAAAAAAUGAAUGUUACUAAAGUAAUACUUUAUUUGGAGACUUUAUUUGGCUUGGUAAGGGCAGGGGACUUUACACCAAAAGACAAGAACUCUCUCCAAAGGACUAUUUUGCUUGUAUAGACAACAUAUACACCAACAAAAGAGAGGUUAAAGGAUCUGACGAAGCUUUGUAUGUGUCAUAACAUAUGUCAUAUACCAAGAGCAACAAUGAGAGCAAUGUUAUUAUACGAGAACUAUAUUUCAGACGAACACAUUAAUAUUAUUUUCUGAGAGUGUUUUCACAUACCCAACCUGUGGAUUGAACUCAAAAAUCCCAGCCUGAAAUGUAAUUAUAACAAAAUUUGUAAAGGUGACAAAAUGUAAAUA